CUGCAGCAUCCUCCGCUCAGAGCGCACGAGCACGGAAAAAAACAACAACACAACAGAACGACAGAGAGAGAGAAACGGCGUCUCGGUCGAGCUUGUGUUCACGCACCGCGUUCUCUUCUCUGGACUUUUACACACACACACACACACACACACACACAUAUCUGAGUGUAGCCCGUCGAGCUCGCGCGGGGCUGCGUUCAUGUACGAGACGAGGAGCGUCUUCAGCGUCACAUUAUUUGCUCCACCUUUGUUUUCUCAUUGCUUAUUCGCCCCGUUUGUCGUCUAGCCUUUUGAUUUUCUUUUUCUGGUUGUUUUAACAUUUUCCUCCCGGCUCUGCAUAUCCAUGAGGACGAGGAGCGUCAUCACAGAAGACAGGAGCGGCGCUUCAUAGGUGGGAAUAAACUCGCCACGAGACGAAGAUACCCUAAUUCAUCUUCUCUGCUCUCCUCGCUUGUGAAGCAGCCUGCCGGACCUCCGCGCGCUGCCCUCCAGUCGUUGAUGUGACUCGCUGAUCGCGCGCUUACAGGCUCGCCUUUCCUCGGCUCCCCAUACACACACAUACAUACACACACACAUAUACACACACACGGUCGAGGAGGCUCUCUUCACCGUCUACACACACUUCACAUUUCCAUCCGUGCCGAACAGGGAGAGAGACAGAGACACGCAGAGGGGCCCGCACGAGGCAGCAGUCGUAGCAGGCGUGAGAAAAAUGAUGGCCGGAGGGGCAGUGCAGCAGAACGGCAUCUUCUCCAACCCGCACCACCACAGUCAGCAGCCGCACAUGGAGUCAGACCCGCCGGACUCCCGCAAAAGACCGCUGGAGACCCCCACGGAGGCCAGCAGCACCAAGCGCACCAACACGGGAGAAGAAGGCGAGUACUUUUUGAAGGUGCUGAUCCCAAGUUACGCAGCAGGCUCCAUUAUUGGCAAAGGUGGUCAGACGAUUGUGCAGUUACAAAAAGAGACAGGUGCCACCAUCAAGCUGUCCAAAUCCAAAGACUUCUACCCAGGAACGACUGAGCGUGUGUGCUUGAUCCAGGGCACUGUGGAGGCCCUGAACAGCGUCCAUGACUUCAUAGCCGAGAAGGUGCGGGAGAUGCCUCAGAGCGCCCCUAAAACAGAGCCGGUCAGCAUACUUCAGCCACAGACCACUGUCAACCCUGACCGCAUCAAACAGGCCAAGCUGAUUGUGCCCAACAGCACAGCGGGGCUGAUCAUUGGUAAGGGCGGAGCAACAGUGAAGGCCGUGAUGGAGCAGUCUGGGGCAUGGGUGCAGCUGUCCCAGAAGCCUGAGGGCAUCAACCUGCAGGAACGUGUGGUCACUGUCAGUGGAGAACCUGAGCAGAACCGCAAGGCCGUGGAAAUCAUUGUACAGAAGAUCCAGGAAGACCCACAGAGCAGCAGCUGCCUCAACAUCAGCUACUCCAACAUUUCUGGUCCAGUGGCAAACUCCAACCCCACUGGCUCCCCCUAUGCUAACUCGGCUGAGGUGAUGCCGGCCGCUGCUGCCGCCGCUGCAGCCACUGCCUCUAGCCUCCUGGGGCAGGCCAGCCUGGCAGGGGUGGGGGCCUUCCCUGCCACCAUGUCCAGCUUCUCAGGGAAUGAUCUUCUGGCCAUCACGUCUGCCCUCAACACAUUAGCCAGCUACGGAUACAACACCAACUCCCUAGGCCUGGGGCUCAACCCUGCUGCUGCCUCUGGAGUCCUAGCUGCUGUAGCAGCCAGCGCUAACCCCGCUGCUGCUGCUGCUGCUAACCUGCUGGCCUCCUACGCCAACGACGCUUCCACCAGCACAGGUCACCCCGCUACUGGCCUGGGAGGCUUCACGCUGGGCUCCCUGGCUGCCGCCACUGGGGCCACCAAUGGAUACCUGAGCGCCGCCUCCCCAUUAGUCGCUAGCUCACUGCUAGCCACUGAGAAGCUGGCUGAAGGGGCCAAAGACGUGGUGGAGAUCGCUGUGCCCGAGAACUUGGUGGGAGCCAUCUUGGGCAAGGGCGGCAAGACGCUUGUGGAGUACCAGGAACUGACGGGAGCCCGAAUCCAGAUCUCCAAAAAGGGGGAGUUUGUUCCUGGCACCAGGAACCGAAAAGUUACCAUUACAGGAUCGCCUGCCGCCACACAAGCGGCCCAGUAUCUCAUCAGCCAGCGAAUCACGUACGAGCAGGGUGUGAGGGCCACCAAUCCGCAGAAGGUGGGCUAAACAGGGAGAGAGAAAGAGUGGGGUAUGGAAAGAUACAGAGGAAGAGAAAGGAGGGCAAGAAUUUUGAAGAAAAUCAUCAUCAAGCUUUGUGCAUAUUUCAGUAUUAAAAAAGAUGGAAAAUGUAGUCCACUCUGAAAGAAGAGGAAUGAGUCAAAUCGAAAACCAAGAAAAAAAAAUGUGUAAAAUGUAUAUAUGGGUUUAUUUCUUAAGUUUUGAUCUUUUUGGGAUUUUUUUAUUGGUUGAAUUUUUUUUUUCCUUUUUUCUUUUUUUUGUGUUUUUUUCUGGACAACGGUAUUUCAGACUGGCAUGCUUCCGCGCUGCAGCUCCCAGCAGGCAGGUGGGGUGGGGGGUGGGGUGGGGUUUGGGGAGAACAGGGUGGAGCAGUUGGACUUCAGCCUCCCUGGAAACAGCCCUUUCCCCAUCCCCACCCCUUCCUAGCUGACAAGAUUUUUUUUUCUUUACUUUUUGGCUUCUCAGUUUAAACACCCGCCCCCCUCGCCCACGUUCCCUGUCCCCCUUUUAUGUGGGUCUGAUGAGACUGCAAACAAGUGCUUGGUUUUUUUAGACCUAAGGCAGAUUCCUCCUAGCCAGUGGCACCCCAUACCACACUACCCACAAUCCCAGCCCCCUAACUCCCAGCCAGCCGCCCCAGCGCUGCUCAGGGUGGGCUAGGGAGGGAGAUACGAGGCUGCAGUAACAUCUCUAACUGCGCCACUAGUCUAAAAACCUGGGGUUAACCAGGUGCAUGCCAUUCGAUGCUACUACAGAUGUUGCUAGUGUAAGGGAAGUUUGUGGAUCUUGUUGGGGACGUAGGCCAGGAUGCAUAACGCACCUACUUGGGUCAGAAUCUCAAGUUAGUACCAGAGCACCCAGAGAUUGUGGCAAUUUCUCGAUGUGGUGUGCUGUCUGGUAUUAAAUACUAUUAUUAUUAGUAGUAGUACUACUCUUAUUACAAAAAUAUCAUCACCAUCAACAUUAUUUAUUAAUAUAAUUUCACCCAUAAGGACUGAGGUAUUUUCAUUUUUUUUCUUAAUCUGUGAAUUCAGGUUGACAUGAAUGUAAAGACAAUAUUUUGGAUUUAGUUUUUUAUUUAAGUGGAUUGAAUAGUGUGUCACAGUGUAAUAUAUGUCUUAUUUAAAGUCCAGUGACAACCGCACCGUCGGCACCAUCGGAGAUAACAGGAGCAGUGGUCAGAUAUGAUGUACUGUACAGUGAUAUUAACACAUGGAACACACACAUGCACAUACAGACACACACAUAAAAAGGGAAUUACACAUAUCUGAGUUGUGGUUAGACAUAAAAUCAGUGGGACUAGACAAUUUACAAACAUAUCUAAUUAUAGAAAGAGAAUGUAGGUUUUUUGCACAAGUCCAAGGGAGUGUACCCAUAUCAAGAACAAAUCUUUAAAGUUCCAGCUUCUUUCAUGUGAUCAAGGCCCUUUAUGGACUGGUUCUGUCUUGAAUCCCAUGUAACAUUCAAAAAUGUCCUCUUUUCUGUAUUAGAAAGUGUGUUGCACUUUUAUAUUUACUUUGAGCGAGCUGAGAUGAAAACAUCUGCUCAAAUCCCCUAUCAAUGGCUAUGGAAGACUUGUGUAGAUGUUUCAUAUCAAACACAGAGAUGUCCCGCAGAGCCCUGCAGCUUUGUCUCCUUGUGGACAUGUACUACUGAACAACUACAGACAUGAACAAAAUUACAGUUCCGAUGAGCACAGGGAGUCUGCCCAGUCAAGCCAUUUACUUUUUAAUGAAAAACUUGAUGGCAUGGAGAAGGACACAUAUGCUUUCAGUCUCAUAACCUGUUCAACGUGGUUACGAGUGGGGUUUAACCGUCCACCAGAUUAACCGUCCACUUCCUAUACUAGGUACCACUAGUUUGGCAAACUGAACUACCUGCGUAAAAGAACUCUGUACUCAUCAGAACUGCCCGUGUGCAACAUAUGUGCUGCUAAAAAAGUCCCGUAGUACUGCAUUUCUUUUGUUGAUAGAAUACACUGAAUUUCGUCUUAAUGCACUGUGAAGUGUGGAGGCCGUGCUCGGAGUCCCAGGAGUCAGGGUUUUACAUCAUAAACAAGCAGUUUUAAAACAGCAUCUUGUCAGAAGCACGAAUGUUUUCAAAAUGACACCAACUUAGGACAGGCUGGUUUGCUGCACAUAGGUAAGGAGAGAUCUACAUAAUGAUGAAUAACAAGUUUCUUUGGGCAUCAUACCUAUUUCCCAGCUUCACUCUUGAUUACUGUCUAUUCUAAGGUGAACAAAUUCCCACAUACAGUUUUAAUGGCCCGAAAUUCUUAUCAUGAUUUUCCCUAACCGUUGAUGUAGAAACAAUAAGACAAAAAGAAGGGGAAAGAAAAGAAAUCCCAUGGAUCUAACAUCACCCGUCUUAAACUGAAAAUCAAAUCACAUAUCAGGACUAGGCCCAACAUUUCAAAAUGGCCAGGCUUGUGGUUUAUAAAAAUUAAAGAGCGCAUCUUCAGAUAGACUGGAGCAACAUAAGAAGCGGAAGUAAAAUAUGACCAGAGCCACAGCAGAAUCUAGGCAGCAGUGUGCUCUCUUCGCUGACUAAAGACAUGACUGUCUUCCUCUCAGUUGCUAUUGGAGCAGCAGGGAGAGUAUAUCUGAACUGAUUUGGUAAGGAGGCUUCUUUAUUCCCAUCUAAUACCAUCCACUUCCCUCACCUCUUCUCAAUCCCUCUUUACCUUCGUGCACUCCCAUUUUGACACAUCAACCCAGAGACCCCUUUCUCUCACAUCUCUCCAUGGGUGGCAAUGUCUGGUGCUACAGUGCAUGUUUUGCUUGCCCUUUCACAAAACAAUGACUCCACGAAAGAGAAGAUGUGUCCUAAGAUGUUGCUGUGUAGAGAGGAAAAACGCUUGCACUAGGCUACACCACAGAUCCACUCUUUGAAAAAGGGAAAAAGGGACUGUGUAUAGCUUCCUUUCUAAGUAGAACAAGCUGGUCGAUGUAGGUUAAGUGGAGUGAGGUUGCACAGAAGCUGAAAGCCAGAGUACCUCUAGGAGAAGCAGUGGUUUUAGAGCACAGAUUACCGUCCAGCUGAUGAGAAAAUGUUGGUUUUGUGUCUCAUUAAACGCACUAAUGAUGCUAGAUACUAAUUAACCUAGCUGCUGCAGUAGACAAUAGUGUUAAUGUGUUUUCCGAAUGAAGAAGAACAGUGAUUAUUUGUGAUUGCGAUAUUUUCAAAAAAACAAAGAAAAUAAAAAUAAAAAGCUGCACAGCUGAAGUGGAGGGAGUGAUGGAAAGUGAGUGCCUCCGCAUUUUAGAGUGCAUCUGCGUCUCGCUCUUUAACCAUGGUGCAGACAUAGACGCCUAUGAGCAAACACACCAGAAUCAGAAUCAGUCACUCUCACCAUAAACGGCCCACUACACACACGCAUACACAUACACAAACACACAGACACACACACACACAGAUAUUUUGUUUAGGAAAAAAAGAAUAAGGAGGCUUCAUUAAUUACAUAGAAAUUUGAUUAAAAUAAAGAAGAGCAAAGAUAUUACUGUGAAAUUUCAAUGUGAAAACUAAGAAAAGGUGCCAACAUAGUGUGCCUAGGAGCAGCUUCCUGUUUUAGUUUUUUCUUUGUUUUUGGUUGGGAUUUUUAUUUUUCAGUACUUAGAGCGCAUUAUUUUAAGGAGGCAUCUGCAUUUUUCUUUUAUUAAUAACUGGGGAAAACAGAUAAAAUGUGAUAAGUACUGGAAGCAAUAUACGUAGUAGCAUGUCGUCCUGUCUUGUCUUUUAUUCUGUCUGUGUAGGAGCUUUCGAUUUACCUAGGUGUUUAGUAGGUUUGCGUAUUUAAUAUUUUUAAGUUGUGAAGAUGCUGCUAUUGAAUAAGUGACGUACUAAAAUUUAAGAUAAACAUAUCUGGUCAGUUCUUUAGCAAGAUGUGCUAGUUCUAAGAGGUGUAAUAAAUGCUACAUGACGAGAUAAUUGCUAUAUUAAACAGAUUAAAUAAACCUGUGCCAAAAUAGAUCUUUACAGAUUCAGCAACUGUAAAUGUACGAUUUCAACACCAUUAGAUAAAAGCAGAAAUGCUUUUAUAAAUUAAAAAAAAAAAUGUGAAAAGUGCCAAACAAACCACAGUUAAGAUAUAACUAGCAGGGGUGAAAGUGACUGUUUUUAAAACUAGUAGGAACAAAAUAGACAUUAGUGCUAUUAAGUUGGAAGUUUUCUACCCCCUCAAACUAAAACAAGAGGAAGGUAUGAGGGAGUCAUCUUGCUCACCAAACAAAAGCAUAUAGUGCCAUGUGGCCAUUAAUGCUACAUUAAUGGGGCUAGAAGACUGCCGUAGACCUAGGCUAGCAUGGUUAGAGUUUAAUAAGUUAUCAGCAUUCUUAAUACAGCCUUUUCUAGUUCUGAAAAUGUAUUUUGUGAAGAUAGAUGUUAUCUUUUUUGCACGUCUAUAUUGCAUGAUAUCAAAGUGAAGCGUGGAUUUAAAAAACUUCAAGAAACAAAAAUCAUACAAAAAAAAAAAAUUAGGCAAUGUUCGUUCAUUUUGAGGACAAAUCUUUGCAUGCCAACAUUUAAUGCAUUGGGAUUUACUUUAAUUUACACAUUUUAAGCUGUCUUUUAGUUCUGCUAAGGCCAAGGUGAGAUGUUUUGUUGUCCAUCUGCAGGAACCAAAAUCAUUCAUACAUAAAGUCAUAGUUUGUGCAUUUAUACGUUUAUGCUCUUUUUUGCCUGAGAGGUGUAGCGUUUUAAGAGAAAAAAUGUCCAUUUUGUUAUUGCGAUUUGUAAGACUAAGGAAUUUAUUCAUAGCAGAAGUAGCCUAAUCAAAAUUGGGUGAAUAAUUUACUGUUUUUUUUUUCUCACUAAAAUCAAGGUCUUGUCCUUGAAUGUGCCCACCACUGCAUAAGUUUGCAUAUCACUCUUUCAGUCAUGACUUUUAGAGCAUGAUAUGUUUUUGUAUACUGUGUGCCAAUACUAACAUCAUUUAGGCUACAUAAUGCCCUGUACUUUCUUCAGCUUGUUACAUCAUAACUCUACAUUGAGCUCGAUCCCAUUCUUAUAAUGAUAUGCACUUUAUUACACAUUUGCAAAGAUGGCCCAAACUGUAAAUGACAGUGAAUGAGUUGCAGAGUUUAUCAUUUGAGCCCUCUGUCUCUGAUAUUCAGCUUUUGUGACUUGUAUUCUCUUAUGUCUCCCCAAACCCUAAAACCCGAUCAGAUUAGUAGAUAUUUUAUAUGACGUGUCAGCAAAUGCUAAUCUCUGGAUAUCCUUCACCUACAGUCUCCAUUAAUAAGUGGAGAAUGUGCAAAUGUUCUCAGUUUGAGUGUAUUGUCGAGGUGCCACAAAGAGAAUGCUGAUUUUGAGUUAGUGCUGUUAGACCGCAUGAAAAGCAUGAAAAACGUCCCAAUUAUCCGAGCUUUCCAGCAACAGCAGGAUAGUUUCUACAAUUCACAAAAAUUGGAGAUUGCACCUUGUUUGAAGUUUUUUGAUAAAAAUUUGAAAAAAGAACAAGAACGUUCCAAAAAAAAGGACAAGUACAAACCCAUGACAGCUUUUUUUUAGUUCCAUGUCAACACAUAUAAUCAAGUCAUUGCACUGCGCACUGCCAUGCUUAGUCUCAGACAUUUUUGUGGGAAAGUCUUCUUGCAGAGUUUGAAUGAGGGUUUCUGUGUUUGUGCUCACAUGCUUUUAGCAGCUUUUUUGUGUGUGGACAUGUCGUGGCUCUUCUCUGUCGGUGACAAGUUUGUCUCCAUGUUACUGAGUUUGGCAGCUUUGUCACAUGCAGUAGAGUGAAGAUAAAUGCAAACUUAUGGUUUAUCUGGUGUUAAGAAGGUCAUUGCUUUUAUGCGGGCAAAUGGCUAGAGCGGUUGUGCGCUCUUCCAGCAGCCCACACGCCCCCAAUCCAACCCCACCCCCAAUCCUCCCAGGCCCCCACCAUCAGGAAACAACCCUGGGGUCACUCUUAAGCUUGUACCCAUCGAAGCACCAGCAACGUUAGAACACAUUUGUCAUAUCACUGUUCUUUUCUCUCUUUUUGAUUUACCUGUUCUUAUUUGUAUGACACUCUCUAACCUAGACCAAGUAUAACAAAAAGAAUCAUUCAUAUGUAUCCUGUUUACUCCCCCCUUUCCCCCUUUUGCACUUUUCACUGCCCCCCUUUUUCCAACCACUACCCACACUUCUGCCGACCUCUCCCUCACACCCUCCCAGACUUUCUCCUGAGUGCCAAACAACAACAGUACCAUUCCAAACUUUUUGAGUUCUCUUGUAUGUUGGACAUCCAUCGGACGCACCCAUGAAGCCAGCAUGUUCCUCCAUAACAUGAUGUCAGUCAUGACGCCUCAACAUUACCCAAAAAAGCAACCAGUAAAAGCGAGACCUGGAAUAACACGGUAAAAGGCUGGCUACCUCUCAUAAACUGCUUUUCCUAAUUCUCUGUCAUCUCUUCAACCUCCAGGACAUCACUGAUUGUGUGCCAUAAUGUUGGGGGCACUUGUCACUCUCCUCACCCCCAAGUCUCUCCAUUUGAUUUUCGAUGGGAAACAUUAAAACAACAACAACAAAAAAAAAUCAUUUCAAUGACAGCUUUUUCUUUAACAUAGAAACAUGCUCAAAAAAGCUGAGGAGUGUAAACGUCAGCUGCGCAGCCAUCUUCUGUCUUCUGAACUUUGAACUUUUCACCCCUCAUGAACUUUAUUGACCUUCUUCCUCCCCUUCUGUGUUCAUCAACUGUUUGGACUUAAAAUCUCCAUUCCAUCUCCAAACCUUUUUGAGACUGUGCAAUUAUAGUUGAUAUGAUUGGAUUUAUUUCUUUUUGUUAAAAUACGCAUUGGGGACAAUUCUCAGAGUUAAAGAAUAAAAACAAAACAAAAACAAAAAAAUAUAUAAACAAGCUCCAAACUGCUUCUCCACAACUUCAUUUUUUCCUCUCACUGUAAAUAUUUUUGUCAGAUUUUGUUGAACUGUAACCAGAAGCGUGUUCAACAGAAUGGGGCUGGCAGCAUAAAAUCAGUUUUGUGGAGCGUGCCAAAAGGCAAUGUUAGAACAGACAAAUUAUUAACGGUGUGGCAUUCAAGUUUGAUGCUAAUAGAACAUGCUAAUGCAGCUCUAUUUAAAAAAGAACAUCCAUUUUUAUUUUGAAAGGGCUGCUUUGCACUGAAUCCUAAACAUUUUCCACAAUGCAUUCAUAUGCAGCAAUAUUACAGCCCUGUAAACUGGACAUUAUUCAUAGCGAUUGCUUUUCAAGCAGUUAAUGUCAGCACCAGUGCCCUGCUCCUUUUGCUGUAUCACACGCUUGCUAAGAUUAGUUUCACUUGUGGAGACAGCUGUACCUUUGUCACAUUUAGCUAGCGUGCAAGUUAUCAUCUAUCACAGGUGUUGUUCCAGAUUGCUAGAUAAUUGCUUAUCAAUGUCAUAACAAGUACGGUUCACAUCAGUCCAUAUCAAAAACAUGUUUCUCUCUUGAAACUCAUCAUGUUUUGUGUUACUAACAUUAAGGUAGACUAGAUUUCAUACCUGAAUUGAUGGUAGCUAUUGAGGUCACUGUACAUAUCAGAUGUGUUGAGUAAAUUGUGUUCAUUAGAUGUCUUUGACUUUAGGGGCAUCAGUUCACAGGUGUACUGUUUCUGCUGUGAUUUAGAAACAUUGGCCAUUUCCAUGAGUCAUGAUUAAGCUUUGUGCUCCACAUCAAAUGUUUCUAUGCUGCCAGCUUUAUUUUCUGAUAACCCUUCAUGAGCUUAUUUAUUUUCAAACUACUAUACAUUAUUAAUAAAUGACAACAACUAGAAAAGGGGAAUGACUGGAAAGAUGAAUUACUGUUUUGUUUUUAGUAUUUUAGUGGUUUCUUUUAACACCAUUCAUUAACUGACUUAAAAGUAUUGAAUAUUUAAUGUAAUUGUAGCAUUGUGUUUGUAAAAAAAUAGUGAGUUGUGUUUCUUGACUUGUGGAUUACCAGUGAAGUCAGCAAUUUAGUGCUAAUAUAUAUUAAGUCGUUUUUUAAGAUUUUUUUUCUUCCGACAGCAACAACGGUCAUUAUAAAUGUUCAUUUUAGCAUCA